AUGGAAGGAGGAGGGCAUGGUCCCCGUGGUAAGCCUACCAGGUACAGGUCUGCACCGGAGUUUAAUUACCAUGAUGAGUAUGAUUCUGAUCCUGUCUAUGAGGUGUGUACCAGGAGGCAUGUGUUCCCUGUCAAAAAGAUCAAGUACUACACAGCAGGAGAUGAGUUGGCACCAGAGGACAACACAGACAUGAAGGGAACAGGCCCACAUAUUUUCAUCAUCUACCUGUUCCUAUCUUGCUUGGGUCUGCAAAGAAUUCCCAGUGUUUCUUCAGGCAUCUCUACAAGAUACAGAAAAUAUGAGAUGGACUAUUAUGAGAUCCUAGGUGUUCCCCAUGGUGCAUCUCAUGAUGACAUUAAAAUGGCCUGGCCCCUGCCUAAACUAAACAGCACCAUGGUUGACUAUUACAAAGCACUGGACGUACAAACUGCCUCCUCAGAUGACAUCAAAAGGCGUAAGUUGUACAGGAAGAAUGCACUGAAAUGGCAUCCAGAUAAAAACCCAGGAAACAAGGAAUAUGCUGAGAAGAAAUUCAAGGAAAUAGCAGAAGCAUAUGAAGUGCUAUCAGACAGUUAUAAGCGUGAUCUUUAUGACCUCUAUGGGACUGAAGGGCUUAUGGGUCUGAGCACAGGAACUGGGCUUUAUCAGAGCUCAGUGGGAACUCCUGACCUCAUGUUCACCUUUCGGGAUGCGGAUGAAGUCUUCAAAGAAUUUUUCGAAGGACAAGAUCCCUUCACUGAAAUCCUGGAUGAAUUCUCCCCAUUUACAGAACUACAAGGAGGAAUGCCUCAGUGGAACACCCCAGGGGAAAGCAUAUACUCUUAUUGCUCCUAUAAUUCUCCAGGCCAGACAGAUUUCUUCACUACUUUUGGCCCUGGUGCUGAACUGGGAAUAGGCUUCCAUUCCAUCUCUACAUCCACCAAGUACGUCAAUGGCAAGCGGAUAACCACAAGGAGGAUUCUUGAGCAUGGACAGGAGAGGGUAGAGAUUGAUGAGGAUGGUGAGCUCAAAGUGGAAGAAGUGCAAGAUCUCACCAACAACUUGAAGGCCAGGGUGGAGCACAUCCAGCAGGAGCAACCUGAAAUCCUGAGCUCUGAAACUGACAUAUGGAAUCUGCCACGGCCCCAGAGUGCUGGUUCCUCUUUUGCCUAUCCUGAGAGUGAAGAUAAGGAACUGCAUCGGGCCAUGGCCUACAGUCUAUCUGAGAUGGAGAAUGUGGGGCAGCACCCAGUAGCCAUCAAUGGCUCCAAGAAGAGGCGAGGAAGCUCUCGGAAGACACGCAGAAAAACACCAGGAGCCGGCGAGGAGGCAGGCGUGUGUGCUCCCUUGCCCAUCAGAACCCAGACUCCAGGCGCAGGAGAUAAUAUGAAGGCGAAAGAGAAGGAAGGCAACCCACCACAAGGGCCGAAGGCAGAAGGUGGCCCAGGGCAGCCAAAGAGUCCACUUCUGCCUGGACCUGGGGAGAAUGACUGUGCCCUCAGCGAUGUGCGUUACAUCUUUCCCGAUAUCAUUCCUUCUCGUAGAGAGAGGGAUUCGAUCAUGUGCACCAUUCUCUAACUCCCACAAUACAAGAGGAGGGAGACCCAUCUCCAGUAAA